AUGUUCGCAUGGUCCUAUGAUGACAUGCCAGGAUUAAGCACCAACAUUGUCUCGCAUCGACUACCCACUAACCCUACUAGACCGUUGGUCAAGCAGAAACCCAAGAAGUUCAAACCUGAUUUAAGUCUAAGGAUAAAAAAAGAACUAACCGAACAGAUAAAAGCCAUUGUAGUAAGGGUCACCAACUAUCCAAGCUGGUUGGCAAACAUCGCCCCAGUGCACAAGAAGGAUGGUAAGAUCAAAAUAUAUAUGGACUACCGCGAUCUCAACAAAGCUAGUCCAAAGGAUGAUUUCCCUCUGCCAAAUAUCCACAUCCUCAUCGACAAUUGUGCGAAGCAUGAACUGUACAGUUUGAAGUUGAACCUAGCCAAGUAUGCAUUCGGAGUCCCCGCUGGGAAACUAUUUGGUUUCAUUGUAAGCAGGAAGGGGAUAGAACUGGAUCCAUCAAAAAUAAAGGCUAUCCAGGAAUUACCAUCACCAAAGAGCAAGAAAGAUGUCAUGAGUCUCCUGGGCAGGCUGAAUUAUAUCAGUCGUUUCAUAGCCCGGUCCACAGUAAUAUGUGAACCCAUUUUCAAGCUGUUGAAGAGGGAUGUUGCCACAAAAUGGACGGGGGAGUGUCAGAAAGCCUUCGACAGAAUCAAAGAGUAUCUUUCAAACCCGUCAGUGCUGGUUCCCCCCGAACUAGGGAAACCAUUGUUGCUCUAUUUGUUAGUCUUAGACAACGCCUUUGGGUAUGUGUUGGGGCAGCAUGACGAAACUGGGAGAAAUGAGCGGGCCAUCUACUACUUAAGCAAGAAGUUCACACCAUGUGAGGCCAAGUAUACCUUGAUAGAACGCACUUGUUGUGCCCUGACUUGGAUUGCUCAUAAUCUAAGGCAUUACAUGUACGCAUACACUAUGCAUCUGAUAUCUCGGAUCGACUCGCUCAAGUACAUUCUUCAUAAGCCAAUGCCUACCAGGAAGCUAGCCAAAUGGCAAAUUCUCCUCAACAAAUUUGACAUUGUGUACAUAACUCAUAAGGCUAUCCAAGGGCAAGCUUUAACCGACCACCUUGCUGAGAAUCCAGUGGAUGGAGAUUACGAACCUCUUACCACGUAUUUCAUUGAUGAAGAAGUACUAUUUUCCAGGGAGGAUAUUGUAGAAUCAUACUGCAGGUGGAGAAUGUUUUUCGAUGGAGCAGCAAAUUUCAAACGAGUUGGAAUUAGGGAAGUCCUGAUUUCGGAAUCUGGACAACACUACCCAGCAUCGGCAAAGAUAAGAUUUCAUUGUACCAAUAAUAUGGCUGAAUACGAAGCGUGCAUCCUUGGAAUCAAAAUGCAUCCAAACAAGAACUACAUUGACCCUAUAGAGGUAGAGAUCAGGGAUCAACAUGACUAUUGCUUCUAUGUAGAUGAAGAACCUGAUGGUAAACCAUGGUAUCACGACAUUAAGAGAUUCCUUGCAACCAGAGAAUACCCGAAUAAUGCAACAAAUGGUCAAAAGCAAGCCCGCAGGAGGUUGGAAAACCACUUCUUCCGUAAUGGGGAAGUCUUAUACAGGAGGACCCCAAACAUAGGUUUGCUGAGAUCUGUAGACGCCACUGAAGCAACCAGACUGUUGGAAGAAAUACAUGCAGAGAUGUGCGAGCCCCACAUGAACGGGUUCAUAUUAGCCAAGAAAAUUUUGAGAGCUGGACACUUUUGGAUGACUAUGGAAAGUAACAGUAUCUGCUACGUGCAGAAGUGUCACCAGUGCCAGAUUCACAGAGAUUUCAUACGGGUUCCACCAAAUGAGUUAAAUGUAAUGGGUUCACCGUGGUCAUUUGCCUCAUGGCGCAUGGACGUGAUUGGAACCAUAAAGCCUGCAGCAUCAAACAAACAUCGUUUCAUCUUGGUGGCUAUCGACUAUUUCACCAAAUGGGUUAAGGCAUCUACUUACAAGGCCGUCGCAAAGAAGGUAGUGGCAGAUUUUGUCCGAAACAACAUUUUCUGCCGAUUUGGAAUACCGUAG